CCACCCUCACCUGCACCAGCAGUUCAGUUCGGGACUCUGCUCGCUCCAACAAACUUCGCCACCACCGCACGAAACUCGAAUUUCACCAUGGCCACCUCUGUCAGAUCGACACAACUUUCCACCAAACGAACGAUAACGCAGCAUGGCGGCGGCUUCGGCAGCGGCUUCAGCAGCGGCGUCAGCAUCGGCGGCGGCGGCUAUGCCGGCGGCUAUGGCAGUGGCUAUGGCAGCGGCGGCUUGGCCCGGACCUCGUUCCGCUCUUCCGUGGGCUCAAGUCGGGGAGUGUCAGCUGGCAAGCGGGCUUACAGUAUAGCUGGAAUUUCGACAAGACCGGCAAUAUCCACCUCAUCCCAAUUCAGGCUUGGUUCUGGUUUGAGUGCGACGACAGCGGCCCUUGAUCUAAACGCUCCCUUACCAACAAUUGACACCAGUCUGCAAAGAGUUCGGGAGCAGGAGACGAAGGAGCUCACUUCGCUCAACAACCAGUUUGUUUCUUUCAUUGACAGGGUUCGCUAUCUCGAAGAGGUAAAUACACAACUGAAGAUCAAACUGGACCUCCUGAAGAAACAAGGGACUUACACAUCCAACAUCGAUAACAUGUUCCAAGCUUACAUUGACAACCUCAACAAGCAACUGGAAAGUCUUGGGCAGGAGAAGCUGAAGUUCGAGUCGGAUCUUGUGCAGAUGCAAGGUCUAGUUGAGGACUUUAAGGGCAAAUACGAAGAUGAAAUUAACAAGCGGACAGAAAUGGAAAACGAGUUCGUCAUGGUCAAGAAGGAUGUCGAUGAAUCCUACAUGAACAAGGUGGAACUGGAAGCGAAACUGGAAAGCCUGAUGGAUGAAAUCGAAUUCCUCAAGACAAUCUUCCAAGAGGAAAUCCGCGAGCUGGAGGCACAGAUUCAGAACACUUCUGUCAGCGUGCAAGUAGACACUGGUCGCACUCUGGAUGUGGCAGCGAUCAUUAAUGAAGUCAAGGCCCAAUACCAAAUGAUGGCAGAUAGAAACCGCUUAGAGUGUGACCAAUGGAAAAAGGCCAAGAUGAACGAACUCAGCAUGGCACCUGGAGGUUAUGGAGAUGAAAUGCGAACGAUCAAAUUAGAGUGUAAUGAACUGCACAGUCGCAUCCGGAAACUGACCUCGGAUAUCGAUCAACUCAAGCAGCAGCGUUUGAGACUGGAGGCUGCAAUCACAGAAGCGGAGGAACGCGGCGAGAUGUCUCUCAGAGAGAGUAAAGAGACGAUUGUGAAACUGCAAGAAGCCAUCCAGAAAGCAAAGCAAGAGAUUACCAAGCAAAUGCGCGAAAUCGAAGAGCUGAUGCAUGUCAAGAUGAGCCUGGAUAUUGAAAUUAACACCUACCAGAAGCUACUGGAGGGAGAGGAGGCCAGGAUGUUAGAAGGGGUAAAAACACUCAACAUCCAGCAAGUGCAACAGCAAGGUAACUUUGGUGACUCCUUUUAUCAGAGUGGUCUGGGCUCAAUGGAAACCUCUCGCAUCACAGGAGAACGAUUGGAAACCACUAAGAACAUACUGGUGAAAACAAUUGAGCAAUUGGAUGGUGUUACAGUUUCAUCAACAACAAGUACUUUGCAAUAAUGCAAAAGAAUUCCUUGCAUUAUGAGUCUCAAGCAACUAAACCAUUUUAUUGCUUUCUCUUGUUCAUUUGUCAUCUUUAUUUGAGAGUUCAACUCUGUUAAUUCUGGCUUUGCAUAUUUGGAAAACUGUUAAAAUGCUGACACUGUUAAAUCCUUUGUAUACAUCUUGAGAUCUCUAUUAGGGAGGGACUGGUCACAAUCUAUUGAUAUUCUUAAUUACUGAUCAUUCUGUCAGAUACAACACAGGCUACACAAACUAAUAAAUUUACUUGUAAUUGUGCCAUGUGACUUCAGUAGCAAUAUAUUGGAUUAACUUUCAUGGAUUUAUCAUUGAUUUGUUGGCAUGGGUAUCAACUGCUAUGAAUGAUUCAGUAAAUCCUUGACUUUCUGUGACUUUGGUUCUCAGAGGUUGACAAAUGGUUACAAAUCUGUCGAGUUGGGUUUUUGAAUAAACUUUUGAAUCUGCUAACAUUUGAAUUGUUGGUUGCUUUAAAAUAAGAAAUAAAGUUUCAUGAAUCUGUA